AUGUCAUUAACACAGGCAACAAAAGGCGACAUGCCCUACCAAGUGCGAUCCCUUUAUCGAUCCCUCCUGAGACAAGGCGGACAGUUUGCCGCCUACAACUUCCGCGAGUACGCCAAACGAAGGACGCGCGAUGCGUUCCGGGAAGCAAAGAGUGAGACAGAGGAGAGGCGGGUGCAAGAGCUUAUGCAGAAGGGGCUGAAGGAGCUGCAAAUGUUGAAGAGACAAACCGUCAUAUCACAAUUUUACCAGCUCGACCGGUUAGUCGUCGAGGGCGGCAAGCAAGGAAAGCAGACUGGCAACAAGGGAGACAUCGUAAGGCAGAAGGACCAAGGGUGGGAUUGAACCAUCAUGUAGUUGUUGAUGAAGUCAUGAAUGUUGAUCUUUCGAUCAUGUAACACUAUUC